AUGGGUAGUGAAGCUGGGUUCGAAUAUCAUUGGCAGCUGUCUAUGGGGGACGCGAAUAAGAUAGACCCGAAGCUCAUAUCCAAAGUGAAAGCUCACGAGACAAAUCCUCAUAUUGCACCCAAACUAAAACCUGGCUAUAGAAUCUUUGUGUUUGAGUUCAAAACCAACUUCAUCUUGGCGAGGAUGCCUUUUGGCCCCAAUACAUUUAUGGACUCGGAGAGUUUUUAUGCCAUAGUUUUAGAGUUGGAAAACAGUGCACUUGACCGGUGUUUGCUCAAUGCCCAGGCAUUGGAACGACUGCGUAAUUACUGGAUGACCCGCGAUGAAAUCAUUCGUCUUGUUGACGAGGCCAUUGAUUUCGCCCGACAGAAUGCGGGUUGCCGUGAGGUUAAUUGGGCUUCGUUGGUGGUAGUGGGCCUCGAGGUACGCACGGCCCAACAAGAGGGGGAGUCCAAUGAGGCCGUGAUGGACCGGGUAAUCCGGGCCCAAUACUUGGUGCCCUUGCCGUACUUGCCAAUGACUUAUUCCACGGUGGAGUAUGCACCAAAGAUCUACGACAUACGGCACUAUGUCAUGAGAAAUAGGUUGCGUGAAAAGGUGGAUAAAAUCGAGGGUAUGUGUGGUAUAUGCUCGAGGAAUAUGAGUUUGAGUAUUGUUGUAUCUAAGCUUCCGAGGUGUGGGCAUACCUUUCAUUCCGGUUGCAUUUACUUGUGGUUGGAGGGUUGCAACCGGUGCCCGUCUUGCCAGACUCUCUUAUUCAAUAGCCAUGAUUUAAGUUUGAUUGCUGGUUGUGAUUGA